AUGGCAGAUUUAUUAAAAGAAGGAACAAAACAUCUCAGUGGACUUGAAGAGGCAGUACUAAAGAAUGUAGAAGCAGUCAGAUCUCUUUCACAAAUAACAAAAACAACAUUUGGACCUCAAGGAAUGAAGAAAUUAAUUGUUAACAAUAGAGGAAAACAAUACGUUACUUCAGAUGCAGCUAAAAUUAUCACCGAGCUUGAAUUCAAACACCCUGCUGCUAAUAUGGUUAUUAAUGCAGCAAAACAACAACAAGCAGAGAUUGGAGAUUUUACAAAUUUAGUUAUUAUGUUUGCUGGUGAAUUAAUGACUCAAGCUGAAGGGUUAUUAAGAAUGGGACUUCAUCCAACUAUUAUUGCAGACGGAUAUCGAACUGGUUUAAAAUUCUUUAAUGAACAUUGUGAAGAACUUGUAUUAUCUACAGUUGCAGGUGAUGCUUCUGUUUCGUUAGUAGAAAAAUAUUUAAAACCAGUUAUUGGAGCAAAAGUAGCUGGGUAUAGUGAAUUCUUUACACAUUUAGUUGUUGAGGCUUGUCAUCGUACUCUUCAUGGGUAUGAAUUUAACGUAGAUAAUGUAAGAGUUGCAAAAAUUCUUGGAGGUUCAGUUGAUGAGAGUGAAAUUAUUAAUGGAUUUGUAUUACAAACAACACCAUCUGGAAGUAUCUUAGAGGUUCAAGACGCUAAAGUAGCAAUUUAUGUACAAGGGUUUGAAUUACCAAAGACUGAAACUAAAGGAACAGUUUUAUUAAAGGAUGCUGAUCAAUUUAAGAAUUUUAGUAAAGGAGAAGAAGAAAUGCUUAAAGAGUUAGUAAAUAAACUUAAAGAACAAGGAGUUAAAGCAGUAAUUUGUGGAGGAAAUGUUCAAGAUUUAGCAUUACAUUAUUGUGAUAGAGCAGGUAUUAUUGUCAUUCGUGUAGGAUCAACAUUUGAUUUAAAAAGAUUAUGUCGUGUUACUGGAGCUACUCCAUUUAUUAGUUUAACAACAGAAUGUGAUUCAGGUAAUUUUGGUAUGUGUGAAAAAAUUUAUGUACAAGAAAUUGGUAGUACUAAAUGUACUGUUUUUGAACGUAAAGAAUCUGCUGCUGUAACAACAAUAGUUGUUCGUGGAUCAACACAAAAUAUUUUAGAUGAUAUUGAACAAGCUAUUGACGAUUGUGUUUGUGAAUUUAAAAUUCUUGAAAGGCAUAAAAAAUUUGUUGGAGGAGCUGGUGCAUUUGAAAUUGAAAUGUCAAAAAAGAUUAGUGAGGUAGGAGAUAAAUGUGAUGGAUUAAAACAAUAUUCUAUUAAGAAAUAUGCAGAAGCAUUCCAAAUGGUUCCAAGAGUUUUAGCUGAAAAUGCAGGACUUGAUGCAACUGAAAUUCUUUCUGAAUUAUUUGUAGCACAUCAAAACGAUAUUUCAAUGGGAGUUAAUGUGGAUUCAAAUACUCAAUUACUUAAUACUAAGCAAGAGAUGGUAUUUGAUAAUUUAGAAGCAAAAAAGAAUGCUAUUAAGUUAGCAACUAAUAUUGCAACUACUAUUCUUCUUGUUGAUCAAAUAGUAAUGCAAAAACCUGCAGGAGGUCCAAAGAUUCCACAACAAAGAAUGCAAGGACCAAUGGAUCAGAAUGAUGCUGGAUUUUAA